AUGUCGAAGAUCUCCAAGGUCAACCAUGCGGCGGGCAUUUUCGCUGACAUCUCCGUCGAUGGCCCCGUUAUCGGUACCUUGGUCGCUAUCAUCGACCGAGCCAAGAACCUACCCAAUCGGAAGACUAUGGGCAAACAGAAUCCCUAUGUUGCAGCACGAUUGGGCAAGGAAGCAAAGAAAACACAAACAGAUUUGCGAGGAGGACAAACUCCCAGAUGGGACUCGGAACUUCGAUUUACUGUGCAUGAAUCUCCCGAUUACUUCAAGCUAAAGGUCUCCGUAUUCAAUGACGAUAAGAAGACCGAUAUGAUCGGCGAAACUUGGGUCGAUUUACAAAGCUUGAUCAUUCCGGGUGGAAGCCAGAAUGAUCACUGGCACCCACUUCAAUGGCGUGGGAAGUAUGCAGGAGAGAUCCGAAUUGAAAUGACCUACUACGAUACCAGAGAGCAAGAUGAGGUUCUGAUUGGACGCCGGAAAGAAGCCGCUGACCGGGUGCAAGGCAAAAUCCCCAGUACUCCAAGCAGCACAGGCUUGUCUGGUCCCCGGCAAUUGAAAGACGUCAAGCGACGACCCUUGCCCAGUGGCCCUGCAGGGGCACCAGCAAGACCAGCUCCUCCCGAGCAAGCUCACUCGGCGCCUCCGAUUCACCACCCGGUCCCGUCGAGACCCGCCAUUCCUGAACAUUCAAACACCGUGUCUGGUGCACCGGACACCAUAGCCUAUGCCCCGAGCCAUUCAGAACCUGCUUACGAUGCAUCAUCUUAUCGCGCACCUUCUCCUAUCCCGCCUCCAUCUCGGGGUGGGUAUGAUGGUGCUGAUAACUACAUGCAAGAAUGGGACAGCCCAGCUGUUGCUCCUCUCCGCCGACAAGUCACCCAUGAACUGCCCUCGAAUGAACUGAUUGAAACACCCUACGACGCGCGUCUACUGCAACAACAGCAGCAGCAGCAGCAACACCAAGAGCAGCAGCAACAACAACAAAAGUUACAGCAACAGCAGCUCCAACAACAACAGCUACAGCAGCAGCAACAACAGCAACUACAACAGCAACAGUUACAACAGCAGCAACAAAUACAACUACAACAAUUACAGCAGCAGCAGCAACAGCAGCAACAGCAACAGCGGAAUUAUCCCGAGUAUGACCAACCACCUUCGAGAGACUAUCGCAUUGCCAGGCAAGAUCAGUACGAGGCAGAUCCCCGUGAGGAAGCGCCAUACCAUUCCCCACAUCAAGAUCCUCACGCUCAAAUAGAGCAGCCCCGAUAUGAUCUAGGUCCUAUGUCAUAUGGGCCAACGCAUGCACACGAGUUGCCAGCUCCAGACUUUGUACCUUCCUCCUCGGGGCCAGUGGAUGACCCGAGGUACUAUCCACACAGAGUUCAACCUCUACAGAUCACUGCUCGAGCCCACGAUUACCAUCCAGAAUACGCCGGGAUGCAACCACGAGUAGAGGAUGAAGAUGACGACGGGCCCCCACCUCCUCCACCGGUACACCGGUCACGACGGGCGCCCUCUCAGCUGCCCACCCCGAAAACCUCGCCUCACCCGUAUGCACCAUACACGCACCAUUCUGCUUCUCGAUCCUCGGUCUCCCACCUCCCAUCAAGCAUGUCCACCCCGUCCCACCGCGAUCUCUAUCAAGACCCUUCUUCGAUGGGGAAUUCACCAGCCAUGCCCGCAAGCCUCGUCGCAGGUUAUGAAGCGGAAGACUCAUCUGAGAGAACGGCCCUCGAACGAUCAACCAACAGACGCAGCAACCACUGGGAAGACGAGAUGAUGAUUUCCCAGCCGCCUGUGCCAGUCCCCGUAUCAGCACCCGUCCACUACGAUACUCCUGUCUACCCUCUGCGAACAUCCCCCCGACCUAUUGAGCAAAGACCUACUUCUAGUAGAGGUGAAUCUGUGAGCCCUGAUAUGCGGGCUGUGACCCGGAAAUCAGUCAGCCCACGGCCCUCUUCUUCGGACGUCCGUGAGGGUUCUUCAAUCCCUUUCUCUCCAGACUCCUACAUCUCUCUAAACCCAAAUGCCUCUCACGCUCCUAGCCGAGAUCCUUCCCCAGCAUACGACUCGCCUUCACAGGCCAGAGAUGCCGUGAUACGUGGAAAGACUGAACCCCAUCGAGACCUGGACCACCCAAUCAUUGGGGAUGAUGGUCGCGAGAUUGAUCCCUCUGACCAUCUUCCCACUGAUACAUGGGCGCCCGAACCAGAAAGGAAGAACCGCAAACCCGAGGUUAUUAUCCGCUUCAAACAUUCGCCUCGACCAACUUCUAGAGGCAACGACUCUUCUACGCCACGCAGCACAGGCCCUCCACGCGUCGGAUUCAGGGCAGAGACUACUACCUACCCGUCGGAUCGCCCAGUCAAGUACACACCCACUCAUGUGAACGCAAGUCCGGGGGCAAUGGUUCGAACUUCACCUCGGCCGGACUACGGGCGUGAGCGCUCUGACAGCUAUGUGCAACGGGGUUACAGCACACCCACAUCGGCUGAGCGGCCGCGCUCUUCCCGAGGAUCAGUCUCGCCAUCACCGGGGUCCCGUACGCCACUAUAUGACUAUACCCCAGGCCCCCCGAUUCCAAACAAGGUGCCAAUCACCGCAGGAAACCCAAGCUACCCCGUCAUGUCUGGCAAUCCAAAUGGAAAUGUCCGCAUGGAUGCCUUGAGUCGAGAGCUGAGUACGAUCGACAUCGGCUCUGCGGCGUGCAGCCCUGGCCGGGGGGCUGUCCGAAAGUACGUACCAAGACAACCGGCAUCGAUUGGCUACGCUAGAUGA